AGUUGGCGCAGUUGGCGACGCGGAGGCGAACAAACACCACGCACCACUGGUUGCACAACAUUCGCAUCGACACCCGUACUGUUACCCUCGUCUCAGUCCAUAUUACAAUGGCCUGCGCCCACGAGAGAAAAUUUAUCAGGACAUGGUUCAUCUUUGUGUUGUUACCAUCGUGUUUCGCCGAUCCUCAGUUGGAUUUGCCGCCGUUGCCUCAAAUAUCGAGUACUCCACGCAACCCUUACGGAGGCUACGGUCUACUAUCUAGCACUCCAUCAAUUAAUAGUCCCGGAAAUCAAUAUGACAUACAAAAUAGGAAUUUCCAAUACAGUACUGCGAGACCAAUAAGUACUAGUACAGCAGGAAUCUACCCGGUUUCCACGACACCAUUCAACGGUAGGAUUAAUCCGGAUAUAAGCAACAAUGGAUAUCCGAGCUUAGAUUAUGGUAACGGACGUAAUCCCAGUUCGACUUUACGACCGUACGAUGUCAACAGGGAUGACCGCAUAGAUGUUAAUAACGAUCCAAAUUUCAGACGCAAUGAUCCUAAUUUUGCUCGGAACGAUCCAAAUUUUGCCGGAGCGAGUCCGUAUGAUUUUAACAGGGACGGAAACUUUAAUACUAUCGAAGAUAGAUAUCAUAGAGUGAAUUUGCAGCAAGUGAGAGAUUUCUUGGUGCGAGCUGAUGAACAGGCUUCGAAGGAAUGCACCAACAACGUUGCCGCGCAAUGGAAUUUCGAAACUGACGUCAAUGAUGCAACUCAGCAUGCCGCAUUGGAUGCGCAGCAGCGGUACACAUUGUUUCAGCGCGGGCUCUGGGAGGCGGCUAAGCAGAUACCGCGGGACAGUAUCCGGGACUUCGGCACAUACCGUCAAUUGCAAUUACUCUCCACCAUCGGCGCUGCCGCUCUGCCACCGGACCAGCUAGACCGAUACAAUCGUAUAAUCAACGACAUGUUGGCGGUGUACAAUACAGCGGAGAUCUGCGCGUACAACGAGCCAUUCAAGUGCGGUUUGCACCUACAGCCGCAGUUACAGGAGAUCAUGUCGCACUCCCGCGACUGGGACGAGCUGCAGCACGUCUGGACCGAGUGGAGGAGAAAUACCGGCAGAAGGAUACGUGAUUUGUACGAGCAACUCGUUGAUCUAACAAAUCAGGCUGCGAGGUUGAAUAAUUUCACCGAUGCUUCUGCUUAUUGGAUGUUUCCCUACGAGACGAUAAACAUGAGACAAGAAAUUGAAGAAGUUUGGGAACAGAUUAAGCCACUCUAUGAGUUACUCCAUGCAUACGUCCGUCGUCGUCUCCGGGAAGCCUUCGGCCCCGAGAGGAUCUCCAGGUCGGCGCCCAUCCCUGCUCAUGUUCUAGGAGAUAUGUGGGGACAGAGCUGGUCCGGGAUUGUGCCCUACACCCUGCCUUAUCCGGGGAAGAACUUAGUCGAUGUCAGCAAAGAAAUGAUUCAACAGGGCUACACACCACUAACGAUCUUCCAGCUGGCAGAGGAGUUCUUUGUGUCAAUGAACAUGUCAGCGAUGCCGCCGGACUUCUGGUCGCUCAGCGUACUCGAGCAGCCCGUGGACCGCCACGUGCAUUGCCAGCCCUCCGCAUGGGACUUUUGUAACCGACACGACUAUCGUAUCAAGAUGUGCACUCAUCCAGACAUGAAGGACUUGAUCACCGCUCACCACGAGAUGGCGCACGUCGAGUACUUCCUGGCUUACAGGAAUCAGCCCAAGGUCUUUCGCGAUGGAGCUAAUCCAGGUUUCCACGAAGCUAUUGGCGAGACAAUCGCCCUCUCAGUGGCCUCUCCUCGUCACCUGCAGACGCUGGGCCUGGUACAGAAAUCCAUCGACGACACGGCGCACGAUAUCAACUACUUGUUUACCCAAGCUAUGGACAAGCUGGCCUUCUUACCUUUCGCUCUGGUGAUGGACAAGUGGCGCUGGGAUGUGUUCACUGGUGAUAUUAGGAAGGAGCAGUACAAUUGUCAUUGGUGGAGACUUAGGGAACAGUAUCAAGGUGUGAAGCCGCCAGUUCUUCGUUCAGAAAUGGACUUUGAUCCCGGUUCCAAGUACCACAUUCCUGCUAAUAUCCCCUAUAUAAGAUACUUCGUGAGCACCGUGCUGCAGUUCCAGAUUCACCGGGCGCUGUGCACGCGCACGGGUCAGUACAUCCCCGGAGAGCCAACGCGCCCGCUACAUAAGUGCGACAUCUACCGGAAUCCGGAAGCUGGCAGGAUACUCAAGCGUUUGAUGGAGCGAGGUUCCUCCGCACCCUGGAUGCAGGUUCUGCAGGAUAGCAUCGGAGAGGGAAGGUUGAGCGGGGAGGCGUUGCGGGAGUACUUCCGGCCGCUAGAGGAGUGGCUGCACAGUGAGAAUCUGCGUACGGGCGAGUACCUCGGAUGGAGCUACGACGGAGAUUAUUGUAAAUUCAGUAUUGAAACUGCAGGCUUACAAGUUUACGGCGGGUUCUACAACGCGGCUGUCCGACAUUAUGACGUCACAAGCUUUGUCACCUUGCUUAUGACGUCAUUCCUCGCCACAGUAUACAGCUUUCAUACACGAUAAUAAUAUCAAUUAUAACUUAAAAUGUACUUACAUAAUAAAAGCUAAGUUAAGU